AUGGCGUCCGGGGCGACUGGAGGGUCACAGCUCUCGGCGUUCUGUGCCGUGGCUUCCUUCCUUUGGCUUGGUCAUAGUAUAGAAAGUCACCAAUUAAUAGUCCUUUUGACAGCCGGGGCUUUCUCUUAUGCUGCCAGUUACUUUUGGCAAUGGCUUCCCGGUUCCAACGGGAGGUUCGGUCGGCGGGCCCGUGUAGGCCCCUCGACCAAGGAUUCCGAGGAGGAAAAUGACCUGGGACGAACAACCUUUGAUGAUGUUGCGGACUGGGUUACCGAGUCCAAGCAAUCACUCACAAUUUCCACCCUUUUCAUCUCCUUGGGCGCCUAUCUCGCCUCUUCCCAGGACAUGAGGUCGAGUUACAUUUGUGCCAGCUUCGACAAUAGCACCCUUGUCCGUUCACUGCAAUGGCUUGGUCUCCUGUUGGACGGUGUCAUUGUGAUCCUACUAUGGCGCGUUCUCGCUUGGGCCAGGACCAACAAGAGCCGUUUGAUAUCUCUGAGUGUGGUGUUUCUGGCCUCAGCAGUCGGCAGCGGUUUGCUGUACACUUCAGUCCGUAUGUUUCUGCCUUCUGUGCCGUUAAGCCAUCACUUCAAGGGUAUCGAUGCCUUGUAUGUCUUUGAUGUUGUCACGGAUGGCUUUGCCGUUGCCGUCCUGUUCGUUUCCGCAAGUCUUCUGACUACCGAGAAGACACCGCUGUCUCUUGUGGGCAUCUUCACCUUCAUCUCCGGCCUCGCUGUCGGAUGGGGCAAGCUGAAGCUCACCGGAGGCGCUGAGAAUACCAUGCACGGCGUUGCCUAUCUCGCCGUAGUCCUCAUAUGCUUGGGUACAUCGAUCUUUGUUUACGCCAACAACAUACAAAGAGUGGUACUUAUCCAUCGCACCAUCGUGGUUACGCUCAUGUUCAUCUCGCUCAUCUUUGCCACUAUAGUCGCCAUUUCCAACAACAGGAACGACUACUUGUUCGAACACCCUAUCGAGACAAUGAUCUUCAAGGCCCGGACCAGUGCCGACAGGUACUUGACUCGUGCCGCAUCGAGCAAAUCUCUCCCGGUUGCCGUGAACGAGUACAAAGCUCGCUAUGGAGGGAGGGAUCCGCCACCAAAGUUUGAUGAGUGGUACAAGUUUGCCGUGGAUAACAAGUCACCUAUCAUCGACGACUUCGACCAGGUGGCUCACGAUAUUCGCCCGUUCUGGGGAAUCUCGCCCAGCAAAAUCAGAGAAGACAUCCAGCGGGUGGUCAAAGAACCGGGCAUUGCGUUGCUCAAAGUCGCCAAUGGCACAGCUUCCCACAGCUUAUCUAGAGAUUCCGAAAACGCAUUGGUCAUGGAUGAGUUGGUCAAGAUGGUCAACAAGUUUGCAAAACACCUUCCCGACAUGGAACUUCCCAUCAACUUGGAUGACCGGCCACGAGUAAUCACCCCUUGGGAGGAUGUGAAGAGGUUUACCGAGAAGGCAAAGCAAAAGGGAUUCGGCAGCAAGUUGCUCACCAAGCGUGAAGGCGAAGUCGGCGAAGAAACACCAUCUGCCCCCCUUGGCAUCCAACAACCUUCAUCUAUAUCCGUCCGCAAAUUCCAAGAAAUGACCGCCCUGACCUGCCCGCCCGGCACCGCCACCCGCGCCGGCAUCCACUGGGACGUCCGCGACUUCUGCCUCUCCUGCGUGCGCCCGCACUCAAAAGGGGCCGGCAUCUUCCUCGCCGACUUUGCCGCUUCGCAAUCCAUCUGCCACCAAUCCGACCUCUUCCACCUGCACAGCUUCUUCUUCACCUCGCCCGCCGUGCCUCCCGUGCGGGAUCUGGUCCCCGUCUUCAGCCGCUCCAAGACCUCCAGCUACAGCGACAUUCUGAUCCCCAUCCCCACGCUGGACGAAGUCCUCAAGAAGGCCAACACCCAGCCGGACACCAGCGAUUUCGACAUGAAGACCCCCGCGCUCUACUGGCGCGGCGCGCAAGCGGAGCCGGUGACGGAUGAGCUGCUCCGUGGCGGCCAUCAGGAACGGCUGGUCCAUAUGGUCUCUACCAAUUCUUCUGCUUCUUCAGAAACCCUGAUGCUAAUCCCCCAAAACGAAGUCCGUUCCCGUGCCGCUUAUGAACGCGUGCCGACGUCGUUGCUUAACUUCCUCUUGCCGUUCGACAUUGGGUUUUCGUCCGUUACCCCGUCUUCCUCCUAUCCCAGCGAAUUGACAGCCACUCUACCCGCUUCUUCCAACCCCUUGUUAAAUCAAUAUCUUUUAACCCUCGACCCUUCCCCAGAGUCCUCCUCAACCUCAGCUUCAGCUUCAAGCAACCACCCAACAUUCCUCUCAACCCUCCGCUCCACCACCGUCCCCCUCUCCUCCACCUUAUUCAAGCACUGGUACACCCCCCGCCUUCAGCCCUACCUGCAUUUCAUCCCCAUCGACAUCCGCUUCCACUCCUUGCACGCCACCUUGGCGUAUUUCGUGGGGCUGAAGGGGAAAGCGUCAGCGGCCGAUCGGUUGGGAAAUACGAGGGGAGCGAUGAUUAAUGGGCGGGAAGUAAGACUGAAGAGUAGGACGGAGGAGGCGAGGUGGAUUGCGGAGCAGGGGAUGAGGUGGGCGAACAGGGCGCUGAGGAGGGAGGAUGAGGAGGUUUAUUUGUUUAGGGUAAUGGCGGAGUGGGGGAGGGUGGUUAGUGAGGGGAGGGAAGGUAUGAAAUAUGUGCCGAAGGAGGCAAAGAGGUAG